AUGGGCAAAAUAGACUUGACCUCUGAAGGGAAAUAUUUGACUGUCCUAAUAGGCUCUCUCAUCUACUUAUUUACACUAUUCGGUAAUCUGUCUUUGCUUGCGGUUAUAGCUUUCAACAGAAAUCUACACGGGCCUAUGUAUCUGUUCCUUUUUAAUUUAUCCAUCAAUGACUUGAUAGGUAUCAGUGCAAUGAUUCCAAGGGUCAUGUCAGAUGUAUUGUCUGAGGAUAGGCACAUCACUUACCCAGCAUGCUUGAUUCAGGCUUUCUGUAUUCAUAUGUAUGGCGGAGCGACACUUCUCAUAUUGUCUAUUAUGUCGUUUGAUCGCUACAUAGCUAUCUGUCAUCCAUUAAGGUACCACUCGAUCAUGACUAAGAGCACUGUUGUAAGUCUCAUUGCCUCUGCUUGGCUGAUUGACUUUCUACUGGUGGGGAUCCUGUUCGGGCUCAUGUUGCGUUUCCCUGUUUGUAAAACAGUUAUCGUGAACAUCUUUUGUGACAACGUGGCCCUGUUAAGACUGACCUGUGCAACAGACACCACAGUGAACAACAUCUAUGGCUUAUUCAUCACAGGUGUACUCCAUGGGGGAGGGUGUUUUUCUGUGGUGUUCUCCUACUCAUUGAUUCUAUUCACAUGCUUUAAAAGUAGUGACUCUGAUGCCAAGCUAAAGGCCUUGCAUACCUGUGCCACACACCUGCUUGUCUUUCUAAUCUAUGAGUUCUCAGGUAUCAUUAUUGUCCUUGUGUAUCGAAUACCAAACAGUCCACUCCUACUUCAGACAUUUGCAGGAAUGAUAUUUGUUGUAUUUCCUUCAGGUCUAAACCCAGUAAUAUAUGGUAUCAAAACUAAAGAGAUUAGAGUGAAAUUACUUCUGCUUUUCUCCAUGGCAAAAGGUUCAGUUAGAGCAGUAAAAGUCAAUACUGUAACUUUAUAA